GUACUAAGCAUUGCAUUGCAGCGAUAUUUGCGUUGGGGUCCACAAGAUGGCAGACGUGUGUUUGUCUCUUCAACUUCUCUUCCAUGUGUUCGGUGAAAACAUUCUCUCGACGUCCUGUGGGGAGGUGAAACUUCGAUAGCUUUGUGUGAUAGUUUACUUCUCGGCGAAUUUGGUGGAAUAUAUUUAAAUUAGGUAUUUCCUUGCUUUAUUAUUUGUAGGAUUUACGAACAAACAAUUUAUUCGUAAAUCCUUUCACAUUGGGUUUAAUGGUGCGGAUUACGGUUUUGAUGUGCUAGUUAGUACGCCUCUAGACUAUAAUAGUUAAGCAACUUCUUAUAAAUGGUCGGUUUUUUUUAUGACACUCGACCCUGACCAGAAUAAGCGGCUGGAAGAUGAAUGGGAUAGUUUGGAUAAAAUGCAGUGUCCCGUAGUGCUCCCAAAUAUGAUGGGAGAUUGCAUAAACUGUCUUUCUUAUUAGGUUCCCUUCUCUGCGCGUCCUCGCAGGUUUCCUUGUCCCGUGGCCUCAAUUUCUGCGCGCUCCCGAGCAACAAAAAGGUCUCCUUUGCGAGUACAUUAAACGGACGGAAUUUGACAGACGACAGGAGAUCUGCAGAUUUAAAAGGAGCCCGCCGGAUACCGUAUACAAGUUUGGGACACUUUAAAGACGUGCAUUUGUUUUUUUUUUUUAUUUCGUAAAAUGUCUGCCUUUUCCAGUAAUUAACCAGUAUCUGCUGUAGGCGCAUGCAUUGCUUUUUGUGUUUCCUCGCGGGCAGGACUUUGUUGAGGACAUCUGCAUCUAUUUAAUUAAAUCUUUAAUCAAAAGUACGUUGCGCACGGACGGGUGAACGAACUGAAAGGCAUGUCUACGCGACUGAAUUAUAUCGCACCGUGGUGGAUAUAUUGGCUUCACAAUUUCCCACAUCUUAACCUGAGUUUCCAGUCUGUUGACAGCAGCUUCAGACCGCAGGAUGAGGACUAUCAGCAGUCACUAAUCGUCCUGACCUGCAUGGCCGCCAUCGGCCUGGGAUUCAACCUGCUGCUCCUCGCUGCCUACCUUACCUGCGUGUGCUGCUGCCGGAAGGACGAGGAUGACGAGGAGAGUAAGAGGCCCAGCUCCCGAUGCGUCAGCUGGGUCUCCGUGCUGGCUGGGCUCGCCAUCUGUUGUGCUGUAGGCGUGGGUUUCUAUGGAAACAGUGAAGCCAACGAUGGGGUGUACCAGCUGACCCAUUCUCUCUACCAAGCCAAUCACACGUUGGAUGGCAUCGACCGAUUGGUGUCUGGCACAAUUGGUAGCAUAGAAGGCGGGCUGAAGCAGCACCUGGGCCGCUUGGACGAGAUCUUCGCCGUGCGCGAGGACUAUGUACGGACGCUGCGCUUCAUGCAGCAGACAGCCGACAGCGUCGUCGUGCAGCUAAGGGGACUCCCGGACCUGGGUCAGGCCAAGCUGGACCUGUCCAUGAUCGCCGAGCACACCUUGUACUGGGAGUAUCGCAGGUGGCUCGCUUACUUGUUGGUGCUUGUUUUCUACCUGGUCAUCUGCCUGGCAGUCUUCCUGGGCCUGGCCAAACAGUCUCGCUGGCUGCUCACCACACUGACGGUGUUCGGAGUGCUGACGCUGGUGGUGAGCUGGGCCUCUCUCGGAGCGGACGCGGCCAUCGCCGUGGGAACAAGUGACUUCUGUGUUUCGCCUGACAAGUUCAUAGUCAACCAGACCGAGGACUUUGUCCCAGCCGAUAUUACUCACUACUACCUGUACUGCAGUCCAAGUCUCCUAAACCCCUUUCAAAAGUUGCUGACCAUCUUCCAGAGGUCCCUAACCACCAUGCAGACCCAAACCCAGAGCUUGCUGCAGAGUACUGCGCUACACUUCCCUACCGCACAGAGGGACCUGCUUGGGGUCCAGCAGAUCCUGAACACAUCUGAGUCUAGCCUGCACCAGCUGACCGCCUUGCUAGACUGCCGCAGCCUGCAUAAAGACUACCUGGAAGCAGUAGUAGGCUUGUGCUAUGAUGGCGUGGAGGGUCUGCUCUACCUCUGCCUGUUCUCCCUGAUGUCCGCUGCGGCCUUCUGCAUCUUAUUGUGCUCCAUUCCGCGGGUCCUCAAGCACAUCGCCAGCAGGGAGCGCGACUACAACGACAUCGAUGACGAGGACCCGUUCAACCCGCGGGCUCGCCGCGCGGUGGCUCGUGGCCGCAGCUCCAGUCAGGCCCACGUUCCCAGUUUCUGCAGCUACAGCAGCCGGGAGAGCCAAAGCAGCCUACACCUGCCCCCGCCAACCGCCACCAAUGCCCCCAUCGCUGAAUACAUGAACCAGUCCAUGUUGUUCGGGGGAAACCCUCGCUACGAGAACGUGCCUCUUAUCGGGAGUGGCAGGAGCUCACCGCCGCCUUCAUACUCUCCCAGCUCGAGGUCCACCUAUCUGUCCGUGACCGACAGCCAGAUCCGGCACUUUGGGACGGACCUCCCAGUAUAGAUACCCGCCCAUCCAUCCUCUUCCCCCUCCCCCCACCGCCGAGGGCGUGUGUAGCUACAGUCCACCUUCUUCUGUCGCUCCUGGCCAGCCCUGUCUUUUCUCCCUCCUGAGUUGUCCACUUAGGGACAGAAGUGGGUGCCUCUGCUUUUAAAAACAAACAAAAAAGCACAUUCUGGUGUGUGUGUGUGUGUGUGUGUGUGUGUGUGUGUGUGUGUGUGUGUGUGUGUGUGUGUGUGUGGUCUGGUGCCUCUACCCAUAAUCCUGGCAAACAACAAUCGCCCUGGAAAAAAUCUAUGUAAUUCCAUGUUAAUCCCCCUAGCAAUGGAAUGCAAAUUCAUUAAAUAGGAGAGCUGUCACCCCUGGAAGGGAUGCACUUCUUACUAUGCAGUAAGAGCCCCCUGAACUUCUGUCGCUUUUCUGUAUCGAAGCGGCAGAGCCUAAAGGGAGACAAAAUGGAAACACGGACCCAACAUUCUACUUAUCUGUCCGUAUCGAGCCGAAACAUUUCCAAAGCGAAUCCACAGCCUUCAGCUGUUUAUCAAACCUUAUCUACUUGCAAAUGAUUCUCUUUUUUAGUCUGUCUGAGCUUUUUUUCCUCAUUUUGACAUAGAAGUGUUGCUUUGCCACUUCAGUAUCACAGGAAAGGAGUUUUUCAUUUUAUGACGGCGAUUUUAAGUUUUGCGCGGAGCCGAAGCGGGGGUGCAUUCCCAUACCUCAGAUUGUUCGCUUAGCUGAGAGCUCAAAGAUCCUUAAACUCAUUUAUCUCCAUGUGUUUUUUUUUUCUAAAUUCAAUGAUUUUCAAAUAUGAAGGAUAGUUACCCCUAAGAGCACAAAUUUCAUGACAGAGGGAUAAUGGCAAAGUGUAACAGGACAAACUGUGAAUGUGACCUCCCCCCCAGAAUUCCUUGGAGUUACAUUGGUGUGCAUUAAAAUUCUCCAAAGUCCAGUUUGUACCAGGUCAGAUUAGCGGCUGAUUAAAGCACUCUUUCUUGUCCUAAAGAGAAUUGCUCUAGCUACUUAAGUUCAAACAAUAUAUUUUUUAUAAUGUUUUAAUUCACGUUUGGGGAAACAGGUUUUAGUGGCUCUUUGCUGUGAUAUUCAGCCAACAGGAUUUCUACUUUGUCUUUUUGUAGUGGAUUUGUCUUUGAAUCAAUUGCAAUUAUAUUCAGAUCAUUCUUCUGUUAAUCUCACUGGAGAAAUUGGAGUACAUUUUGGUGUGUCUGCUUAAUUUAAUUUGAAAAUUAAAAAAUACCAGAAAAUCGAAAGCUAUUUAAUUCGUGCGAAAAUGCAUUCUGGUGUCUUUUCUUUUGUUUGCUCAUUAAAAACGACUGAAUUGUUUUUGUGGCAAAGAUUAAACCACGCUGUUGGCGUCAACAUCGUUGGUCGCUUUAAUGAACAGAACGUUUUGGAGACACCUAGUGGUCAAUAAAUAAAAUGCAUAUAGAAAGUUUUUUUUUCUAGGGGGUAAGAUGUAUUUGUGAGUUCAUGCGAAAUAAAUACAGGCGUUUGGAAGCGACUGCAAAGGCUCAGACAAUUAAUUAAACGUCAUCGACACAUUAGCACGUGGGAAAUGCACUAUGACACGUUUAAAUGAUAGUAUACUCGUGAAUCCAAUGGUCGAAUUAAGGGGAAAAUGCACACCAUUCAUUAACAACACUGUGUCUCACGUAAUAAAUGCGAUGGUCUUACGCACACUACAUCACGAGUAAACUUAUUUAAAACUAUGUUGUCAUGCUGUACGCAAUUCCAUGGAACAAGAUACAAAACGACUGAUCACGUCAGAUCUCAGAGCGGAUGUUAGGGGCUUUUGGUGGUUUGUUUCAUUUCAUUCCGUAAUUUUAUAGCAGUAACAAUGUAGUAUUCUCAGCCAUAUUUAAAGCUAUUUGAUAUUCAAUAGAUUGUCAUAUGUUUUCGGGUUUAUUGAUAAGGACACAGAUGCAUGCUGCGACUUUCUGGUGCUGACAGUGGCGCCCUCGGAGAAGUUUGUCGAAGUGCGGCCGCCGUACUUCCUGAAUCUUCGGGUGCGGCUUUUGUGGAGUUUGUUGAUGAAUCGAAACUGUUUUGCCGGAGUGCAGUGACACUGCUUUUGUCAGGUUCCGGUAAAAAAAAAAAUAUAUAUAAUAAUAAUAAUGUAAUUUGCAAGAUGGUCAUCUGAAAACUCUUAGCCUUUUUUACGGAUUGUCCCGUCGGCGAUUUUUGGGAAUGCGACUUCGAAAUGGGAAACCUUUUUGGCAAAAAGAAAAGCGCUACUCGUGUCACGGAACAGGACAAAGCAGUUUUG